CGGUGCUAGUUUGAGUUCUACAGAUGUAUUACUAUCACAAGGCUAAUGUUGUUAAGUAUUGAGCCAUAUUUGGCGACAAAUAUCACGGAAGAAUUCGAAACAUUCUAUACUGCUAGAUGACAGCUGGUCUUUCGUUACAUUAAAUCAUCAGCUGUUUGAGCUUAACCAUCAAAAUACUUCAGCAAAGGUCAACUAGCGUCUGUAGUUUGGAAUGUUUGCAUGUGUCGUGCAGUACUUAAAAUAUCCCGCAACACGAGAAGGAAUAGUUAUAAAUGUUGGCGUUUUCAAGGUCAGUGCUACAAACUCUUUUCUGAACAACGCGCGGGAAAAUGGCAGCUCCAUGCGAAUCAGAGCCAGAUUUCUCUCAGCCUUGGAAAGUAAGUGACAUUGUGCUUCUUGUAGACGAUGUUCGCUUGCAUGUGCAUUCUGGGGUUCUAGUGAUGUGGUCUCCAGUCUUCGAAAAUAUGUUUGCUGAAUUGAAAAGAAAAAAUGCAAGAGUACUGACGUUGGAAAAACAAAAGCCUAAUGAAAUCCGUGAGCUUCUCUUGGUUAUUUACCCUACGAUUAAAAGGCCAAUCAAUGAAAACAACUGCUAUUACCUUCUUGAGAUAGCGGAGCAGUUUCAAAUGAGGAAAGUGACGGAACAAUGCGAAGAGUAUUUGAUGAGGACGCUCAAAUCUGGCAGCGAAUUGGUGGAUCUAUUGGUUUUGGCGUCGAAGUACAACAUGCGAAUCCUUCGAGAAGAAUGUUUAAAACUAACAAAACAGCUCGAAUGGAAGGUUAUUCAACAGCACAAUCUUUAUGAGCAGAUUGAAUUGAAAGAUUAUCGAGAGAUAGCCGAAGAGAGGCUCAGAAGUUUGCACAACGACCAUCAAAGUGAGAAAGAAAAGGCUUUUCGACUAGAAGAAGAGUUGGACUACUACCGACGACAGGGAGAACUAGCUCGUACACCGUCCUCUUGCGUUGUCAACCCAGGACUGGCGAGCCCAAGAUUGCCUAGAAAACAAAUAGUCCAGCCCUGCAAGUCAAGACCCGUGCAAGUCGUACUGAAUACUAGAAUAAAACCUGCUGUUCAGAGCCCAGAGAAGAGUCCUCAUGUUCCUCCGCCCGUGCCUAAACGAGCUCAUUUUCCGGUCAAACCUCAGCCGAUCAUCAAAGAAUUUUAAGUCAGAAUCCGGCAUAUUGAGCAGCAAGCAAUGCCGCCUAGAUCUGCAAGUAAACUGGAAUAUAUAAUCCGCGUCAAACUGAAGUGACACGAAGUUCAAUGACCUAGUCCUACACUGAUGCUAGCAGAUUUCCAAAAAUAGUUGAAAAGGAUAUUUCAUCGAAGUUACCGGCGCUGAUUGACAUGAAAACGGAAUCAAAGAAACUCAAUAUAUAUACUUUACCAUCCCUUCAUUGCUAGACAUUCAUUUUGUCUGAUUUUGUAAUAGGCUAGCUAGUAUUCCACUUAUUGUUAGAACAAUAGCGAUAGAUAUAGAGGUAUUAGGACUGAGUCGUGACUGAAAAAAAUCCUCACUUUUUAGUGAGGAUCUUGGAACGAUAUCUAACUAUUUCAAAAAAUGUUGGUGAAGGUUUUUUUGCAUGUCGCAUCUUGGUUACUAAGCUUGAGAUAUAUUAUAUUCGUGUUAUGUGAAUAAUGUCAGCCAUUUAGAUCCAACACGACCUUCUCCCGUGUGUGAUUCAAAAAGCGCCAAAACUUGUCGAUUUUUUACAAGUAUUAUGAGCCACACUCACCAGGCCUAUCCGGGCCGAUCCAAACGCGUGUAAAUGACGUCAACGUGUUUGAUUGACGGCAGUCUAUUGCAAAGUCCACGUCGCGGUUUUUGUCUGGGGUGGAAGCGUAGUAAUGCAAAUGGCUGUAAUUUGCAUGUUACAUACCAAGCCCGCGUAGCAAUGCAAACGGCGGUAACAAAACCUUCAACAAUCUUUUUUUUGAAAUAACUGCAUUUUCUGUGGGACAAAGGUACUGACUGUAUCUAGAACUGACUUGAAGUUCUCGAAACUGACCUCUUCAAGUAAGUUGGGCGUAAUGUUUUCCUAUUUCAGACGUGUCAUUCUCUUGAAAAUAAAAUUCUAAGAUUUAAAUGCACAACCGUUAAACAAAGAAAUGAUACUCUAGGGAAUGCCAAACUAAAAAAGGUCUAACGAGCAUGCGCAAACGUUUUUGUCCUGUGUUACUUCCGCACAAAGUCGUGGUGCAGUGACGGAUUCAGGAUUUUUCAAAACGGGAUCCAGAUUUUCCACUUCUUAGCUUUUACUAUAUGAGUGCUGUUCGUUUGAAUACAAAUUAUAAAACUUGCCUCACCUUAUUUAAUCAKAUGUUAAUCAGUCAUCAGCCAAAACAUUUCGACACAGGUAGUCCAUUCAGUUGGUCGGGGAAUGGCGAUGGCACGAUCUUUUUGGAAUACUUGAGCUUCGCAAAUUACCAGUACGACGCCAAAAACAAGCUAUAUCAACAGGACACAACCCAAAACUUCUGUAAUCUUUUUAAUUAAUAUCUACAGAUUUUUUUCUUGAUGUCCAA